CAAGUAAGCCGGCGGACAAGUUAACUAAAGUUAACUUCUGCAGUCCCACUUUAUACUGCCCCAGGCUACCACAUCAUUGGAUUACUCAUAGCAUGUACAGAAUAGAAGCUGCUACCCUGCUAUGCAAACAAUUUUGGCAUCGCACACAUGGUCAAGGAAGCUGGGAUGCUGCAGCAGGGUGCGUCGCCACAACAUGAGGGUGCUACUCGUGCUAUUGCUGGCUGGUCUUCUCAUUGUGGCAGCCUGUGCCAGUCCAGCUAGACUACAUGAAGCCAAGAGAAAGCACAAGGACGGAGACGCCGCGAGAAACCGACCGGAUGCUAAUGAGAAGAACCAACCAAGCAUCGAGGAUGCUGCCGUAGCCGAUGACGACGAUGAUGAUGAUGAUGAUGUUGAUGAUGUUGAUGAUGUUGAUGAUGAUGUCAGCAAGACAAGUAAGACCCGUGCUGGGAGCACCACUGCCAUGAGGGAAAGGAAUGCACCCUCAAUGAGAUGGACGAACCGUACUGUCGCUGUGCGCGCUCCUGUGUCAAAUCAAACGACCCAAGGACCGAGGUGUGCAGCAGUCAUAACAUCACCUACGCGACGGAAUGUCACCUGUACAAGCAGCGGUGUCUGUGUGAGACUGGGGAUGUGGGAUGUCACGACAAGCGCAACGUUCACGAACACACCGAGUAUCGCGGCAAGUGCAUCUAACGAGAGAAACGACCUUGGGGAGGAAUACAUUCCGCUGGAGAAGGAAGCCGAGAGGAAGUCUGAGAUGAAACUUGUCAAUCCUGUCAUCUGGAAAUUCUGCGACCUGGACAAAUCUUCUGACAGGAAGUUGUCACGACACGAGCUGACACAGCUGAAGGCGCCUCUCGUCACGCUGGAACGCUGCAUCAGCCCGUUCCUCGACAACUGUGACGUGGACGGGGAUCACUACAUCACGCUACCCGAGUGGGGAGCCUGCCUACACCUUGAGGAAGAUGAAAUCAAGUUUAAAUGCAAGAAGUAUCACAACCACCACAAUUAAUACGUGGAUUGUGGCGCCAUCUACUCGUAAACAUGUGUCCUACUUGCGCAUUGGAUUGCGAUGAGUAUUAAAGGUAAAAAAUAGAGUCGCCAUGUUAUAAACAUCACGUGGUAUGCAGAUACAUUCAGAAAUUUAUUAUGAUCGUUAUUAAUAAAUUUGUUAAUCAUUAAUGGUCAUACAUUUUUAAUUACAUAACAAACUUUAACAUUAUUUACAUAGCAAUAUGUAAAUUUAGGUAAUAAAAUUGCCUAUAUACUUGUGGCUGUUAUAGAAAGAAAUAUGGUGAUGGUUUGCGUAUAUAAAUAUUUUAAGUAAUGAUAUACUUGGGAUCAUGCAUGGAAAUUUCAAACAAGGAUGAGAAAUAUUUUCAAAGAAAUUGUUGCUGAAUCUUAUUUUACAAUGUACAACGCGGCGCAAAUUUAUAUUUGUACUUGUUAUUGAAAUGGAAAUCACAUUUUUCCGACCCAUUGUUAUUAGUGAUUCAAAUAUCGCUGCUAUAAUUGAUAAUUUGGUAUGUUUUUAUUAGAAUGUCAUGAGUAUUGCUUUGGUGUUUACGUUUACAAUCUUUGGACAAGUACGCUUAAAAUAUAUUGCUACAUAUCAUUGGUGAGACUAACGACAUUCUGUGUGUUUGCCUGACGUCAGAUUGCUGGCUGGCUGGAAGAGCAAACUGUCGGCAGUCUACAUCCAUUGCUGAUAGUAAAUGUACAGAGACUCCCCGACUUACGAACAGGUUCGGUUCCGAGCGGUCGUUCGUAAGUCGAUUUGUUCGUAAGUCGAACA